AUGCAGGCGCUUGAAAACGAGCGUGUCACGAACUACGAAGCUGCUACCAAACGUCUUAGCCAUAAUUUGGAAACCGCUGAGGCAGAGCUGCAAAAGACGAGAGCCAAGCUUGAAAGUGCUAACGAUGAAAUCAAGAGAAUUCUCCAUUCCAAGAAUUCGGACUCUCAACUGUACCAACGGAGAAUCGAUGACCUUUCGUCGGAGAUUUCUGUUUUGAGAGAAAGUCUCGCAUCCAAGAAUAGCAACGUUGAACAACUCAGUGAACAGCUUUCUGCUGUUAAUAAGAAAUACCUCGAGAUCUCGAACCGCAAGAAUUCUGCCAUUGCUGCAAUUUCUUCGACUGGCGACUCUGCAGAUGACGUGGUGACGUUGAAACAGGAGCUCAGCCAGACUUUGGAAGAUCUGGAGCUUGCCAACUCGAACGCUGAACAGUACAAAGAGAUUGCCAAUGCUGCUGAGAGAGAACUUUCUUCGUUGAACGAGACGUACGAGAAGUUCCGCAAGUCGAUUGAGGAGAGCCAAGGAGCUCGUUCGAGCGAGCUGGAGACUCUUCAAACACAGCUGGAUGAUGCAAACAAAGAGCGGGAGUCGUUGAAACAACGUCUUGGUGAAGUCGACUCGAAAAAUAGAGAUUUGGAAGCCAAGGUUGGAGAACUGAAUGCUACCAUUUCCUCUUUCGAAGGAGUCAAGACCGACUACGAACAACAAUUUUCCAAACUGCGCGAAGAGAUCGGCAGUUUGCAGGCUGUUCUAAAUGAGAAACAGCAGGAGUUCCAAGGAAAGACCGGAGAGUUUGAAAAGCUUGUUUCCGAACGUUCGGACGCAUUGUCUUCUGUUGAAGAUCUGAAGUCACGUAUCCAAUCGUUGGAAGGCCAGCUCGAAAGCGCACGCGCUGAGGUGUCUGCUGCUGAAGAGCGGUUGCAGCAGGAGAAGUCUGAGAUUUUGCAAGAGCUGCAUUCCAAGGAGUCUCGUGUUGCUGAGCUUGACGUUCAAAACAGGACUCUGAUCAACCAAUUGGAGAGUCGCGUGAAUGUUGGCGAAGUUGGCGAGGAUGGAGAUAUGACCAGUCUGGUCACCUAUCUUCAUAGAGAGAAGGAUUCUCUUGCACAGCAGCUGGAGUACUCUCGUUUGGAGGAAAACCGUUUGCGCCAGGCUGUUUCUCUUGCAGAGUCUGAGACGUCUGAGGCCAAGGCGGAGAUUCUGCGGUUGCAGGAGGAGAAUGCCACCAGUGCCAAGUACACCGAGGUUCUGGAGCAGAUGAAGGCCACUGGCCACGAGUUGGAGCUGUUCAAGCAGAACAACAAGCAGUUGAGAGACGAAAACUCUGGAUUGAAGACCAAGUUGGAAGAGCUGGAGCAGCGUGUUGUCAGCGCGGAGCAAGGACGUAAUCCUUUGGAGCAACAGAUUGCACAGCUCAAGAGCGAGGUGGAGAUCCGCGAGUCGCAACACCAGCUUGUUCUUUCACAGAUGGAGUACUGGAAGAAACGGGCCGAAGACAAGCCUGAACAGACAGACUCUGGGGAGGUGGAGCAGAUCCAGAAGCAGCUGGAGCAAUCGCAGCAGAGUGAGAAGCAGUUACAGGAGCGAUACGACAAGCUCCGUGCGGAGGCUCAGGACAAACUGAACAAGAGUCGUGUUGCCAGACAGCAACUCAACAGCGAGAAGGAUGCUCUUGCGAGUAAGUUGAAGGAACUUGAGGAGGAGCUGAAGAAAGCGCAGGAGGCUGAAAAGCCGGCCGAGUCGAGCGAGGAAUUGGAGGAGAAGGUGAAGCAGGCUGUGAGCGCCAGUUCGAAGCUAAAGGUUGACUAUGACAUCAAGCUCAACAAGCUGAACGCGGAGAUCAGUCGUUUGAAGGGCGAGAUUGCGUCGUCUGCGCCUGCUCCUGCUGUUGACGAAGAGGCAAUCCGAAAGAAGAUCAAGGAGGAGUGUGAAGCAGAACUGGAGGCUCAUAAGAAACGAAUCCGUGCUCCUGUGCAGGCCAAGAUCAACGAGGUGAUUGAACAGAGAUGGAAGGCCAGAAAGGAGGAACUCGAGAAGGAGUUUGCUUCGAAGCAGGGCAAGGAAGGGUCCGAGGACCUGUUAAAGCGGUUUGAGCAGGAGAAGGACCAGCUAAAGAAGGACACGACUGCUGCUAUACGCAAGGAGACCGAGUUCAAGGAGAACAUCCUCAAGAAGCAGCUUGCUUCCCUACGUGAGAAGGUGAAGAAUCUGGAGGCAGCCAAACGGCCGGCCGAAGACACUCCCGAGGCAGAAAAGCGGGUCAAGACAGGUUAG